CUGCUUUUUUGAGCUCGAGCAGCGUGCAUGUCCCGUUGACUCAGCCCCCGGGGGUUUGCAGGCUGGGCUGGUGCUGUGUCGCAGCAGUGGAGCUAUUUGUACAUGUGUUAAGGACUACAGCUGCUCUGCUGCUGCUGCUGCUGAGGAGAUACCGUAGCCCGUAUGGUGUGACUGCCAGUGCUGUACCGUAUUUGAGGAAGGAGGAAAUGAGGCGUAUUGGGCUUUAAGGGUGCAAGAGAGAGGAAAGACCAAACCGGAUUCAAACAGGUGUCCGGCUGUCUCCCAUCAGCCCGAGACCGGAGGAGGAAGAGACAGAGAGAGAGAGAGAGAGAGAGAGAGAAGAGGGGCAAAGGGACGGGGGAUUUUGGGAAUAUAUCCAAGAAAUAGCGCUGCCGAUGGGCAAAUCAAUCCGCUAAUUUGAGGACGUGUCGUUUCUUUCAGUAAACCGUGCCCUUUUUCGGUUCAACGGUGAUGGAGACCCGACAUCACAAACACGGCUUUUCGGUUUUUAUGUUUUAAAUGUAUUUAGGCAAUAGGCCUAUCUUGUUUUGAAAGAGAGAUAAUUAGCCGUUCAUCUCUUUUCUUUCUCUCUCUCUCAAGAGGAGGAGGUAGAAGAGGGAAGGCGGUGACUGACGUCCCCCACGGGACAGGCCGUCCGACCCACGCUUCUAACAGGUGUGUCUGAAGAGGGCAUAUAUCGCUCCAAUUUGCACCGCCCGUCCGGUCCGUCCGUGCCCCCUGCCUCCCUGUGUCAUUGUUCCCGGUGAAAUUACAUCCAAACAGGGGCUGGUUAUGAGUUCAUUCGUCUUCGUUUAGGUAUCCCCAGUGAGCGCUCAUUCUUUUUUUUUUUUCUUUUGGUCUCUUCGCAAAUGUCCAUUGGUGCGUAACAGCAGAGAGGAGGAAGGAGGAGGUGGAUAUAUCCAAACGGCUAAUAUUGAGACGUUAAUUUAAAAAAAGAAACAACGUACGGGACUUUGGAGCGUUGUUCGUGUCUUUCUUGAGGAAUGGAGACAAUUUAAAACGACUGAACGGGUCGGUUAAGAGCAGAAGGGAAGAUUUGGAGAUUUUCCAGAUUUUAUUCACCAGAUAGGAAGGUCUUGACUGAGUUCGCCCCCUGGUAAAGAAGGCAGAAAGCCGCCGUUUGGUGCUGUCGUUUCGGCGACGUUCGCUAGCCAAACCGAACCCGAUUCUGAGCUAUUUUAGCGGACAACAAAGUGGGUCUUUAAGGGACACUUGUCUUGUUAAAACAAAGUCCACCUCGUUUUUAUCAUGACAACGAGAAAAGGCAGCAGUGUGGCGGACACGGUGACUACCUCCACCACCAACCACCAGCACCAGAACCAGCCGAGGAGCCGGAGUCCCAGCAGCGGGGUCCCGGCGUCCGAGGAGACGGGCGGAGGGGCGGAGAUGCUCGGGGAAUUUCAGGAGUGGUGCCUCCGGACGUACGGGGACUCCGGCAAGACCAAGACCGUGACCCGGCGUAAAUACAACAAAAUCCUCCAGACCCUUAUCCAGGGGGACGAAGAGAACAGCAACGGGGUGUUCCUGCACGAGAAGAAUAACAACCACAUCAACGCCAAAUUUAAAUUCUGGGUCAAGUCCAAGGGCUUCCAGGUCGGGACGCUGCAGGACGGCAAGAACGGGUCAUCGGACAGGCCGGUGCUGUACGUCCCCAUCAAGGCGACGUGCGUGGACGGAGUAUCAGGCCUGGACUCGUCCCUGAAGCGUGUGGCGGUGGUGGAGGAUUUCUUCGACAUCAUCUAUGCCAUGCACGUGGAGAUCAGCGCCGACCCGGGCAAAGCCCCGAAACACGCCGGCCAGAAGAAGACCUACAAAGCUAUAGCCGAGACGUACGCCUUCCUGCCCAGAGAGGCGGUGACUCGUUUCCUGAUGAGCUGCGGAGAGUGUCAGAAGAGGAUGCACAUCAGCACCACAGGACAGGAGUACAAAGAGAACGACAGGCCGAGCUCUCUGGUGCUGGAGGUGAUAGACUACAACAUGCCUCUCACCACCACCUACAUGAAGCACAUGAAGCUGCAGUGCAUGGGCAACAACAAGGAUGACAGUUCACUGAGCAGCGAGGAGGAGGCCGAGAUGAGCGAGCCCACGUGGCUAGCAGCUGAUCUGGGAGCAGCGUCUGACCUGAGCCCACCGAGCCGAGGAGAGAGGAUGCGCCACAGUCCCCAGAACGCACACAGCAAGGAGGACGACGAGGAUUCCUCAUCAGAGAGCGGCAGUAGGAACGGCCUGCCAGCCCUGACCCCUCCCUCCUCCGCUGUGACGGACGCUGCCAUGGUCAGGGAAUCCAAGGUCAACGGCAACGGUGGUCCCGCCCCGCUGGACUUCAGCACGCCUACUUCCUCCUCCUCAUCCCCCGAGGACCAGCAGCCGAUGAACCUGAGCGACGCCCCCCCUCAGCGCCUGCCCCCGGCCGCCACCGCACACCUGCCCGUCACCGUGUCGGCCGCAGCCGCGGCCCUGCUCGGCGCGCUGCAUCCCAGCGCGCCCGAGGAGCUCCGCAGGAAGUACCCGCUGGCUGCCAAACCUCCCCUGGCUCCACACCCGGCCCUGCCUCUGCCGCUGGCGCACACGCACACCCCUCACACACACAGCGCGCACACUCCCAUCACACACUCCCAGUCCCACACACACACCACCGAGCUGCGACUGGACCGAGACGGCAGGGACUACGGGGGCAAGUCCCCCCAGUACAGUUCGGGCGGCAGCUACGACAGCGUGAAGAUGGACUUGGGUGCCGAGGACCUGACCACGGGGCGCCAAGUCGCCCCGGACGACGACGACGACGACCACGACGAUCACGACGACAACGACAAGAUCAACGACGCAGAGGGAGUCGACCCCGAGAGACUAAAGGCCUUCAACAUGUUUGUGCGUCUGUUUGUGGACGAGAACUUGGACCGGAUGGUUCCCAUCUCCAAGCAGCCUAAGGAGAAGAUCCAGGCCAUCAUCGAGUCCUGCAGCAGACAGUUCCCAGAAUUCCAGGAACGCGCCCGCAAGCGCAUCCGCACCUACCUCAAAUCCUGCAGACGCAUGAAGAAGAGCGGCAUGGAGGAUAACUCCCUGAAAUGUGAUAGAAAACAGACCACAAGAUGUUUUAUGCAAAGAAAGAUGAAGAUUCUUAGCCUGUCUAGUUUGACCCGUCCUACUCCGCCUCACCUCACCUCAGCCAUGGCUGAGAACAUCCUGGCUGCCGCCUGCGAGAGCGAAUCACGCAACGCCGCAAAGAGGAUGCGCCUCGACACCUAUCACGAUGAGCAGAUCUCUCUGGACAAGCCGUCCAGCGGUGGAGGGGGUCUGAGGGAGCCGGCGUCCCUCGCUCACUCCGCCUACUCCCUGGCCGCGUCAGCCUUCUCCUCCCAGGACACCCAGCUCUACAUCAACGGAGCCGGCCUUAGCUACGGUUACCGUGGAUACCCGGGCCUGGGCACGGCCAUGCAACACCCCGUUUCCCUGACAACCGGCGCUGCUGCUCAGAGCAACGGCCCCACAGACCUCAGCAUGAAGUCUCUCUCCUCUGCCAACAUCAGUAACUCCUCGUCCUCUGCCUCUGCCAACAACAGCCUGGGUGGGCGGGGCAGCGGGGGUGGCGGAGGGGGCGGGGCCUCGACCCAGCUCAGCCAACCGGAGAUCACAGCCGUGCGUCAGCUGAUCGCCGGCUACCGGGAGUCGGCCGCUUUCCUGCUCCGCUCGGCAGACGAGUUGGAGAACCUCAUCCUGCAGCAGAACUGAUCUGGGGGAAAACAUCGGAGAACACACACACACACACACACACACACACACAUACACACACACACAGACACACACACACACAUCCACUUCCCAUGAUGUUUGUUUUGUGUCCGUCUGCGUGCCCUGAACACCAGACCUCCCUGCCUUCUCUUUGAUAACAGAGGGACAGAGUGAGGAUGAUGCAUCCUAACCCCACCAUCCCUAGAACACCUACAACCCUAGAACACAACCUCCAUCCAUCCAUUAGAAAACAGGAGCAUUUGGACUCUGAAGGACAUUUCUUCCUCUCCUCUCUGGAAGCACCUCACAAUCAGCACUACACUCAGAGCCAAGGAGUGUGGAGGAGAGGAAGAAAGAGGGAGAGGAGCCUGGAAGAAGAGUAAAAGAGACUGUUG